AGGACUCUCCAAGCUCCCUAGUAAAGACCUGUAUUCAUUAACAACUAAAUCAUAGAGUAAGUUACCAUGGUGUAUCAUUCUUAUGAUUUCCAUUGAAUCAAUGCAUACUUCUAAGGGUUUGAAGUUUUGCUCAAGAGCUAGAUUGAGGCCUUCCUUGAGGACCAAAAGCUCUAUGAGGUUGUUUGUGGAAUGGGUGAAGCAUUUUCUAAAACCCACAACCAAAUCUCCUUUGCAGUUUCUGAUGACUCCAUCUAUCCCACCUUUUCCUGGGUUACCAAGGCAAGAACCAUCGGUGUUAAGCUUAAAAAUGUUAGUGGAUGGGGGUAGCCAUUUAAGACUCAUUGAGGUUCUAGGAGUGAUCACAUUGGCUUUCCCCAGGUGGUGGUAUUCCACAGCUUCAGCACGAGGGAUGUUAAAACAAGGGUGGGAUUUGGCAUUUUGGAAGGUAUUGGCAUUCCUAACCUUCCAGAGGUGCCAUAGACAGUGGGGUAGCAGAGUACCCCAGGGAGUGUUAUUGUCAAAGUUAAGCUUGUUUACACUCUCCCAAGUAGAAAACCAGUUGUUUGAAUCAAACAUGGAAAGGUGGGGGUGGAUAUUGCCUCUGCAUUUUUGGAGAAGCUGCUGCCAGAAGGACUUAGCUAAAUUGCAUCCAAAGAAAAUAUAGUGCUGGUCUUCUUGGGUUCUUGGGUACAAUUGCAACCUUGACAAAGAGUAGUAAGGUUGAUGCCUCUUUUGUGAAGAGUGGUUUUUGUGGUGCAUGAGCCACAUGAAUGUUUUAAGCUCUGUGGGGCCCACUCCUCUUAUUAGUAAUAUAAUGAUAGGCACUUUUGCAAGAGAAGGUUCCAUCACCCCUAAGACUCCAAUAAGGGGUGUCUUGGCUAAGGUGAGUAAUCUGCAAAAAGGUGUUCUGCAUAGUGCUGGUAAUGUUUGGAGGGAUGUCAAAGGGAAGGGAGGGUAAAGUCCCAUCUUUCAUCCCUCCAGAUAUCUUUCACCAUGGCAGGGUUCAGGGGAUUAGUAAUAGGCCCCUGGAUAAUAGAAGAUAGGGGGGCAUCCUAGGGAUCCAUCUAUCUUUCCAGGGAUUAACUUUUGUACCAUCUUUUAUGGCCCUGAAAAGGGCAUCCUUACAGAUUUUCAGCAAUUGGUGAUGUUGCUCCAAGUCUUGAAACUAUUGUGGUUGCCCUUUCUACUAGUACCAUGUUUAGUUAUGAGGGUGCUGGCCUAAAGAGAGUUGGGAUUAGAGUGCAUUCUCCAACCCAAGCUGCAUAGAAGGACUUCAUUCUUAAUAGCAACCCUUUCCAUACCCAGCCCACCAUUCUUUUUGGGAAGAGUGAUGGUAUCUCACUUAAUAAGAUGCAUUCUUUUCUUUACCUCGGUGGUGCCCCAAAUAAAAUUUCUUUGAGUUUUGUCAAUCAGCUUAUGCAGAAUGGUAGAAAGCUAGAUAUAUUGCAUUAUAUGGUUGGGAAUACUAGCUAAGUAGGAUUUAGCUAAGGUAACUCAACCAGUCAUAUUAAUAAACUUGGUUUUCCAUUCAGCUAGCUUCCCUCUCAAAUUGUCAAUAAUAAAGUGGAAGUCACUCUUUACAAGUUUUUUAUGGAAUAUAGGGAAUCCCAGGUACUUACUAAAGUUGUUGGAAGAGUGAAUGCCCAGGAGAGAAGAUAGGUUCCCCUGCUUAGCCAGACCACAAUUCUUGGAGAAAAUAAUUUUGGGUUUGGCAAAGUUGAUCCUUUGCCCAGAGUAGGACCUGAAACUAUGGAGGAUUCUAUUAAUGGUAUGAAAGUUUUUAGUAUUAUCUCUUGCAAAGAGGGUAAGGUUAUCAGCAAAGAAGAGAUGGGCGAUGGAAGGGCCUUUUUUUGAAAUGGAUAUGGGUGUCCAGUGAAUAGUGUCAAUCGUAGAGUUUAUCAUCCUGGACAGGAGUUCCAUACAGAGGAUGAAUAGAUAGAGGGACAUAGGAUCUCCUUCCCUAACGCCCCUGGUGGGGUUAAAAGGGGUGGUCUUUCCCCCAUUAACCAGAAUAGAAAUGGAGGAGGUAGAGAUACAGAACAGAAUGAGUUUAGUGAGAUCUUUGGGAAAGUUAAAGAAGAAAAGGGUCUACCUAAUGAAAGACCAUUCAAGCUUGUCAAAGGCUUUCUCUAGGUCAAUCUUCAGUAGCAUGUUGGACUUAUUGCCCUUCAUUUUGGAGAAGUGAGUAACAUACUCCUAAACAAUAAUAGCAUUAUCUGAGGCCUUUCUCUUAGCCAAAAAUUUAUCUUGUGUAGGGCCAAUGAUAUUAGCAAGGAAAGGUUUUAUCCUGGUUCCAAUACUCCUAGAGAUGAUUUUAUAUUGGGCAUUGCACUAUCCUAUGGGCCUGAAGUUCUUGAGAGUAGUGGCAUUCCUACACUUUGGGAUGAUACAGAGGUGAUGGAGUUUACUCUGGGUCUAUUGUGUAGGAAGUAAGGGUUUCUUGGUAAAACUUAACAAUGGGAUGGCCCAAAGUGUCCCAAAAUUUUUGGUACACAAAAAGAUGUAAGCUAUCUGGCCAGGGGCUAAAUCAGGCUUGAAAGAGAAUAAAACUCUCUUGACCUCUUCAUAGGAUGGGGUGUCCUACAGGAGGUCAUGGUCAAGAGAAUUGAUGGAUCCCAGGAAAGAUGGAUUGGGCUAGGUGGUAAGGUACCCCAAGGUGUGUUCAGUAGUAUACAGAGUGGCAUAGUAGUUGGAGACAUUCUGGUGAUAGUGCCAAGUGCCACUAUCAUCCAUGAUGGAAUUGAUCCUAUUUCUUAUCCCCCUAUUAAGGGUGGAGGUGCGAAAGAAUCUAGUAUUUGAGUCUCCUUCAAGCAACCAAGAGAUCCUAAACUUUAGCUUUAAGAAACCAGUCUCUAAGUUAAGGAUGUGAUUGAAUUCCUUCAGUGGAGUUUUUUCAAGUCCAUGGAGGAAGGGACUUGUGGGGUAGUUGGGGAAUUUUUGAAUGCCAGCUAACCUUGCAAGCAUGUGCUUCUUCUUUUUAAAAAUGUUCCCAAAGGUUUGCUUGUUCCAAUCUCUGGCUUUCUCUCCAAAAUCAGAGAUGGCUGAAGUGAUGCAGGGAUAGUUAAAAAAAGCUUCCCUGAUCAGGUUGGGGAAAUCCUGGUGGCUUAGCCACAUAGAUUCUACCCUGAAGGGCUUUAUCUAGUUCACAGGAGUAUUGCCAGAGCUGAGGAAGAGAAGGGAAUGGUCAGAAUGAGUCCUGGGUAGGUGAGUGAUAGAAGCCUCAGGGUAGGAGUAGAUCAAAAGGUCAUUGGCUAGACAUAUAUCAAGUCUUUCCAGGAUGAGACCUUACCUAUUUCUAUACCUCAUGUUGGACCAAGUGUAUUUACUGCCCCUGAAGCCCAAAUCAAUGAGAUGACAGUGAUUUAAGCAGUUCAUGAACAUGUUAGUUCUAUUGAGGUUUAUCCUUGAGCCCCCAAAUUUUUUAGAGGCUCUAAUAACCUUAUUGAAAUCACCUCCUACUAGCUAUCUCUUAACCUCAGGGGUAAUAUAAGUAUCAGAGAAGGAGGAGAGCUUGUUCCAAAGGCUAAUCCUUGAGCUAAAGUUAGUACUAGCAUAGAUAAUAUUAAUAAACCAAGAGGAGAGAGGGGAGCUAACCUUGACUUUGGCAUGAAUAACCUGAAAGGAAAUGGAAACAGAGGUGAUAGAGAUAGAGUCAUCUCUCCACAUGAUAACAAUGCCUCCAUGAUAACAAUGCCUCCAGAGUUGCCACUAGCCUCAGAUUGAGUGUGGUUCUGGAAGCCCAACUCCUCACAAAGAUCCUGGUGGUAUGUCAUCUUAGUUUCCAGUAAGGCAAGGAUGCAAGGUUGGUGGAUGUUAACCAUAUCCUUACAAUCUUCCUGAACUCAACAUUCUUGGCUCCUCUUACAUUCCACAGUAUGCAGUUUUUAAUUUUAGAGUGGAGAGGGUGGGAUAACUCUGUUACAGUCACCUUAUCCUUUUCCUUGGGGUUGGAGGUGAGUGCUAGUGGGGAGGUUUUCCACUUUCUGUUGAAUAGGGUCAGUGUGACCUUGAGGAUUCAUUCUCUUAUAAGGUUUACUAUAUUUGUUCUUAGUCCUAGCCUUGCUAACCCUAGUAGAAUCAAGAUGAUCACUAUUUCCUGAAUAGGCUCUGUGAACUCUAGAUUUAACGGUUCUACCAGAUUGCAAAUCUCUAAUCUUGGAACUUUGAGUUAGGAUAGGAACUCAUCUAUAUCCCUGUUAUUUGCUCUCAGUGUCUCCAAGGCAUUCAUCCUUUUGACCCUCUUCAGAGUAAGGUGAGGAGAGGUUGUGGUCGAAGAGAGUAGUGGUGACUAAGUUAGUGAGACUAGGUUCUCCCCAGAGGGAGGUACAAAAGCUAGUCCUAGAAACAUCAUUACAGGGUUACGUGGAGAGAAGAAUGAGAGGCUUAGGAUCAGAUGGUUCAUGAUACUGGCUAGUGAUACCGUGGUCAACUCCUCCUGAAAGAGAGAGUUGAUCACCUGGAAUAGAGUGGUCAUCCAAACGUUGGACUCAAAUAUUUGAAGGUUCGCCAUUUUCAGUUGAGCUAGAUACUGAAGGUCUUGAAUGAGAAUAGUGAAGAGUCUCCCUCCCAUUCUAGGUGCAGAGGCACCGUUUGGUUGGAUAGGCAUAUUUCCAACCAUGAAGUUGGUUGGUGAUUCGGUGAUAGGGGAGCUAUUGUGAUGGUAAUUUGGUUGGCGUUUAAGGUGUCCAUGGUUGCUUUCUUUAGAAAGAUCAAUCAUACUCUCCUCAGGGUAUAUAGAGUUGAGGGGGUUAAGAGUGGGGAGCUGAGGGGUUUUCCUAUGAGAAAUAGCACCAAUAUUUAAUGCCUUGUCCACGCCCUUGACAUUCCCCAUCAAAUCACUGCGGAAAGUGGAAGGGUUUCCCGCCAUCAUCAUUGCCUACGUCCAGAUAAUUCGGAGAGCCCCACUUUGGGAGGCCUCAUUCAUUUUUAUUUCCAUUGACAUGGGAGAGUUAUUAAUUUUAACAGAAGGGGAAUCAAUAGAAGGAGGGUCGGGUAUCUCAAAAGCAAGGUGAGCCUUAAAGUUAGGCCCAUGAGUAAUUAUGGUGUUAGGCCUCUAGGCUAUUGAAAUUUUCUUUUGGCCGUUAAUGGUAUUGGGUGCAUGGGCCUGACUAUUCUUAGGCCCCAAACCCGCACUGAUAGGGCUAAUGGAUUUUGAGGAUUUUUCUUGGAUCGGCCCAAUAGUGGAGAGUCCAAGAGGAGGAGGCCUGAUGAGCUCUCCCGGAGCCGUCUCCGGGGAGGUAGGGUGUAUGAACUUACCUGAGGCUGCAUCGAAGGUUUUGACCUUAAUGAUGGGUACUCUUUUUGUGGCUGGAUGUUGGUUCUUUGGCCCCGAUUUUUUUUUUCAAAAGCUACUAUUUGCCAUUCUGGUAAGUGUUCUUUUGUUGACGAUUUUGCCUCCGAAGUGGUGUAGAUAGCCUUCAAACUUGUUGCUUUACAGGUGCCAUCCGAUUGGGUUAGCUUCGAAGGAUAUGAACAGUUGGUCGACGUGUGUCCGAGACGGCCACAGAUUUUGCAAAAGAAGUCAUCUCCUUCAUAAAGGAGAGGUUGGUUAUGGUGAUUGAUGGUGAUUGAUGUUAUUACCGGUGUGUUGAGAGGGAUUUGGACGCAUAUUCUAGCAUAUCUACCCCUUAGUGCCGCUGACGUGCAUGCAUCCAUUUUCAACAAGGUCCCAAUUUUUGUGCCGAUUCGAUGGAGAAUCGAGGCAUCAUACAGUUCUGUGGGUAAGUGAGGAAGCCUGAUCUAUAUGGCGGUUGAAUCCACUUUGUAUUGGCUUGGUACGAAGUUAGGUUCCCACUUCCUUACUGAUAUGAAACUACCGACUAUGAACCAAGGUCCUCCUUGGAGGAUUGUGGACUGACUUUCCGAUUUAGAAAGCUUAACGGUGAAGAAGCCCAACCCCAGAUCUAUAAGGCACAGUGGUUCCGGUAGUUUCCACAGGUCGUCUAGCUUCUCUUUUAGGUACUGAUGGUUGAAGUUUUCUUUAAUUGGCUUGAUGAUAACAUAGUGAAUCCAAGGGGCAUAUAAUAGGAGUUUAUCUUUAUCUGGUAAUAAGAUUUCGCUACUUCCAGAUUCUGAGCCAUUGUUUGUGCUGAAUUCUGGAGUUCUCAAAGGCGUAAUUUGGGAUAUGAUUUUCUCGGCUACUAUGUCUUUAUAUGAAGGAGAGGAAUCCACCAUAAGAACUUCCUUAGAAGUAUUAGUUAUUGGGGGAUUUGGUAGGAGGGGGGGGGUUAAGGUUACAUCCAUGGCUGGUUAGAUGCCGAUGGAAAGGGAGAAAAAACUAUGGAGAGAGUGGUCUUCUCUCUCUAGACACAAAACCUAGAGAAAAAAAAUUUCUACCCACAUCUCGAGAUUCACAAUAAAAGAUUACAAUCGUUUGUCGAUUUGGAAUAGAUGUUCCAUGUUAUACUCUUUUCAGUCGAACACUUGGGAAAUAAAUACUCCGUACUUUAUUCAUUUUAAUUUAUUUAUUUAUAUUAAUUUAACAUUGAAUUUUAAAAAAUUAAAAAAAAAUAAUAAACUAAUAUACUAAACUAUUUUUUUAAUCUUGUAUCUUAUGUCAUAUGAGAUGUUAAAUUUAAAAAUGUGUCAAAUUAAUAAAUUAAAUAAAAUAAAACAUUCGUUGGACUAUCCAAAUAUCAACUAAGAUCAUGUUUUUGGGACAGGAGGAAGUAUCCAACGAAUAUUUGCCACUUGCUAUAACUUUUCGGCUGUAAAAACUAAAAGUCUUUCCAAGUACUAUAUAAUCUUAUUUUAUAAUCCUAUAAAUAUCAAUAUUCUUGGUGGCUUUAGUUGACAACUCUAACCAAAACAAGUUUAUUAAAAAUGUCAACGAGCGAGAAUUCUUCCACUGAGCUUCUUCAUGCUCAAGCUCAAAUUUGGAAUUAUAUUUUCAAUUUUGUAAAUUCUUCAGCGGUGAGUUGUGCACUUCAACUAGGCAUUCUUGAUAUCCUUUAUAAACAUGGUAAGCCCAUGUGUCUUGAUGAUCUCUCUACUGAACUUUCUGUUGUUAAUCCUUCAAAGAUUUCCUUCUUGCUAAUUUUAAUGCGCUUUUUAGUGCAAUCUGGAUUCCUAAAUCAACAUGAAGAUCACUUUUCUCUUACCCCAGCUAGUCGCCUUCUAGCGAAAAAUGAGCCCUUCAAUGUUAGGUCACUGUUGCUUCUCAAUCAUGGCCCAGUUUUCUCAAAAGCAUGGCCUGAGUUAAGUGCUUGGUUCCAAAAUGAUUCUCCUACCCCUUUUCAUGCUGCUCAUGAAAAAUCUUUAUGGGAUUACAUUGAGGAAGAAGAACCCAGAGUACUAGGUGAUAUUUUCAACGAUGCAUUGGCUAGUGAUUCGAGGUUGAAUACCAAUGUGCUUAUUACCGAGUGUAAACAUGUGUUUGAGGGGUUAACGUCGUUGGUGGAUGUUGGAGGUGGCACUGGUACUGUGUCUAUGCCUAUAGCCAAAGCUUUUCCCAACAUAAAAUGCACUGUACUUGAUCUCCCUCAUGUGAUAGGCGACCUUAAAGGAGGUGGGAAUUUGGAAUUUGUUGCAGGAGAUAUGUUCGAUCAGAUUCCCCAUGCUAAUGCCAUCUUACUCAAGUGCGUUCUGCACGACUGGAUGGACGAAGAUUGUGUGAAGAUUCUGAAGAAAUGCAAAGAGUCAAUUCCAAGCAGGGAAAAAAGAGGGAAAGUAAUAAUCAUAGACACUGUUCUGGAUGACCCAAAGAAGAGCAAUGAAUUUGUUCGAGCACAACAUAAUAUGGAUAUGCUAAUGAUGGUUCUUUAUGCUGCCAAAGAGAGAACUAAAAAGGAGUGGGAGAAGCUCUUCAUUGAAUCCGGUUUCACUGAAUACAAAAUAGUUCCAGCUUUGGGCUUAAGGUCUCUUAUUGAAAUUUAUCCUUAAAGGGGAAAUGCAUGUGAAUUAAUAAAAAUGCAUAAUCUUACACAAUUGCUAAUUGAUGGAUGCUCGUUUCAUAUUUUGUAUCUCAGGAGAGUUUAUGGUGUUUGAGAGUGCUUGCAUGUUUAUUUACUGUAAUUUGUAAUGGUCUUGGAUCACCAACACUCCAUUAAUGUUUUCUUAAGUUUAUGGUUUAACCAUUCUAUAUUCGAA